AAGCCCCAGCCGAGCCAGCCAAUCACAGCGCUUGGUGGGCGCACGGUAUUCAAACCGUGCUGCAUGCGUUGAUAAACAAUUUUGCAUGCUUACGCCUCAAAGAAUCGAGCGAAUUUUGUAGCUUUUUUGGAUUCUGAUGUCAAAAUGUCUUCAAAGAGAUGUCGAGAGAGCAUGAAGCUGGAGGUAGCAGAGUGCCUGGAGCACGCCCUGGAGCAGCUGCGAGACAUUUGGGAUGAGAUCGGCAUCUGCGAGGAGCAGCGAGUGGACCGACAGAACGUGGUGCUGCAUCACAUGCGCAACCUGCUCAGCGAGAUGGUGUCAGAGGAGAAAGACUUACGCCGGCGGCUGAUGGCUAGCGUGGAGACGUGCGGGCAUGAGGUGGUGACAGUCAGCAAGGAGCUUGGGCUGAAACCAUUCCAGGCGGAGGAAGGGCUCACCAUCCUCCAACUGGAGAAAGUCCUGCGCCAGAAGGUGGACAGUUUGAACAAGGAGAAGUCUGAACGCAUGGCCAUACUGAAGCAACUGAAGGACCGAGAGCAGCAUCUAUGCGAUCUGCUGUGCACCACGCCUUACUACAUCCCCAGCGGUACGGUGCCCACGGCUGAGCAGCUGGAGACGCUAAAGGACCACAUCCAGACUCUGUCCACAGAGAAGGACUCAAGACAGAAUAUCCUAAGCAGCACCAAGAAGGAGAUCAUCUCACUUCUGGAGGACCUGGAGCAAGGACCCAACACCUCCUUUGAGCGAGACAUCGUCUGCGAAGAGGAAGACUGCUUCCUCUUGUCCAAAGAGAACAUGGAGGCUCUCAGGGUUCUACAUGAGGAGUUGGAGUUCAAGCAGAGGGAGAACCAGGGAAUAGCUGAUCAUCUGAGAGAGCAGAUUGCCAGUCUGUGGAACCGACUCCUCUUCCCUGCCGAGGAGAGAGAUGAAUACCUGGCCAGUCACCGAGGACAUAAACCAUCCGACAUCAAAGUGCUCCGUCAGGAGCUUGCGCGGCUUGAGGAGCUGAAGAUACAGAACCUGAAGCGAGUGACGGAAGCCAGCCGUGAGGAGAUCGCCCUCUGGUGGGACAAGUGCUACUACAGCAGGCUACAACGCAAUGACUUCGCUGGCUUCUAUGAUGACGAGUUUACUGAAGAACUCCUCCUGCAACACGACGAGGAGCUAGCCAGACUGAAGGCCUACUACCAGGAGAACAAGGAGAUCAUAGAAUGCAUCAAAAAGAGGGAGGACAUGUGGAAGAAAAUGCUGGAAUUUGAGAAGAAAGCCUACGAUCCUAACCGCUACAACAACAGAGGAGGCAACCUGCUGCAGGAAGAGAAAGAGAGAAAGAAAAUCAACAGAGACCUGCCCAAGUUGGAGAAGACUUUAGCGGAACGCAUCAGUAUGUUUGAAGAAGAGAAGGGAGCACCGUUCUUGGUGGACGGUUGCCGCUUCAUGGAUUACGUCCAAAUGCAGUGGGCUGCACACGAACAGGACAAGCAACUACGGAAAGAAGAACGGAUCAAAGCCAGGACUGUACAGACUGAGAACGAGAUGACAUUUGGCAGCAAGCCAAACACGCCGGCCAAGCGACGCUUCAACGGAAAUUCCUCCAAGACGCCCAACAAGCGACUGAAAGGGUUGAAUGGGACUUCCUACGCCCAUUCCCCCAGACUAGGGGUGACCCAUACCAGCAUCAUGCCCUCCCCUUCGCCAGCUAGACGCCCCCCGAGGGCCUGUAAGGCCACGCCUACAAACACCAAGACAACCCCUCAUGCUCCUCCUGCCCCUAGCACUAAAUACGUCCCCCACAUACCCUUCCCAUCCCCUUCCUCAAUCUGCCGCCCUCCGAAAAGCGUACCACAGAAAAAGACCCCUAAGCGAGUGUUGCGCCCCACGGGAGCCCGUAUGGCCCACCGCAAGGCCCUUGGCGAGAGGAACGUUGACAUCAGCCACGCGUUCAGCACGAGUACCAUCAGUGGGGGACUACACGGCCCAGCAACCCCCAACAUGUCCAUCACGUCGGCUUGCUCAACCUAUUCAGAUUUUGCAAAAGAGUUUGAUACCAGACGGAAGACCAAUUGCCGCAGCAGUUCGGCCUCCAGUCCGACUAACCUAACAUCCAGUCGGUCUCGCAUCACGAUGCUCUGAGCUUCACUUUGCUUGCCGUUAGGAUCGACCAAUCAAAUACGAGGACCAGCACUUGGUAAAAUUCAAAAGAAGUACUGUCCAUGCAAUUUUUUUAUUAUCUAAUUUCAGAUGAAAUUUGGUUCAGUGGACCAAAUUUGAUGAUCAGUUUAUUUUGUUUGAUUUUUUCGCAUAGUUUGUGGCAAAAAAGCGCAGGCACAUAAGAAUUACACAUAGCAAUGCUUAGAACUUUUAAUAUGGAAGUGCACACGAUUGAUGACGUGUCUUUGCUAAACAUUUCUAAUGAGUACUGCCAAAAGAUUUUUUUUUAUUACUGCUAAAUGCAUUUAUUCCUGGCAAGAAAACUACAUUUAUGAAAUUUCUUUUGUUACUGUAAAUUCUAAUUCAGUUGUAUCAGUUUUUUGUUUAAUAUUAACCUGUUCCUGUACAUAGCUUUUUGCUUUUGACUUUUUUUUUUAAGAUGGAUUUUUGUUUUUGUACAGUAGAAGAAAUUGAGUUGACUUGUAAAGAG